CUCCAAAGAGGCAGGCAGGACCUGAGCUUACGCUUGCUGAGACGAGUCUGAAGUCACAGCAGGGAUAUGCCCUUCAGGGCAAGAGGAAGAGUUCAGAAACUGCCGCUGUAACCCAAGAACAGACUUGAACCCAGAUCCAACCUAGGAGCUUCAAAAUCAGGAUUUCUAACUGAGGAAGAUGUAUAGGGUGGACCUGUCAUUAGAUCCCAAGGAGGCAGCAGCCAUCGAGGCUAGAAGAAAUCGAGAAAUGGAGCGACAAAGACGAUUCUUCAAUGUGCAGAACCGAGUCAUGGGGGUGGAUGUCGAAGCCCUGAACAAACAGGUGGAAGAGCGAAAGCUUCGGGAGGCAACAGAGCGGAGCAUCGAGGCAGCUUAUGGUGCCAACCAGGUGCAGUAUGACCUGGUAGCCCAGAUGCUAGAGGAGGAACAGGCAGAACGGACACGCCGGCUGGCCAGGAAACUCCAGGAGUUUCGGGAGCAGAAGCAGCGGCUCAAGAACAGGCAUGAAUUUGAUCUUUGGGAUCCAGACCAACUCUGGAAGGAGUUUCCAGCCGAUCUCAGUAACAGUGAUCCUUACUAUGGCCCAGCCAGCCUUCAGUGCUUCUCUGGGGAGGACCUAGACAGGGCCACAUGCCUGAGAAUGCAGCAGGAGCAGUUCAGGUAUAGCCUGGAAAGGCAGCAACAGGAGCAACAGCAAGCCAGGGUUGAUGAGAAGUAUGCAGAUAUGCUCAAUGACCAGCUGUGCCUAGCCAUGGACAUGCAGGCCACCCAGCUGGCCAAGCUGGAGGAGUCCUGUUGCAUAGCCAUGAUGUCUACCAUGGUCAACGUCAACAAAGCCCAGGCAGCUGAGCUGGCUGAGCGGCAGCGCCGUGAACAUGAGCGUGAACAGGCAGCCAACCUCACGGAGAUCCAGAACCAGAUCAAGAGUGACCUGCUGACUGAGAACCCUCAGGUUGCCCAACAUCCUAUGGCUCCCCACCGGGUCCUGCCCUAUUGCUGGAAGGGCAUGACUCCAGAGCAACUAGCUGCCAUCAGGAAAGUCCAGGAGGUGCAACGCCUUGAGAAGGAGGCACAGCACCAGGCAGAACAAGCACUGGAUACCGAAUGGGAAAGCCAGACCCUGCUCGCAGCCCAGGCAGCGCAGGAGCUAGAAGAGCAGGAGAGGGAAUUGUGUGCUGAAUUUCGGAGGGGGCUAGGCUCCUUCAACCAGCAGCUGGCUAAGGAGCAAAAAGCCCAGCAGAAUUAUCUGAAUUCAAUAAUCUACACCAAUCAGCCUACAGCCCAAUAUUACCAACAGUUCAACACCAGUAGCCGCUGAGCUUCAGGAUGGUUCUCUCUCCCUUUUCCCCCAUCAAGCUCACAGAUGGCUAGAAGUCAAAGAGGAAAAUGCUACGUACCCCCACCUUCUACCCUACGUAAUAAAGUU